AGGUAAGUCGUAUCCUGACGUUACAUAUCUUGUAUGGAGCAUUGCUCGGACAUGUGCUGUUUAAAUGGCUGUGUAUAUUAAACCGUUUCCAUUUUGGGGGGCUGAACUCGCGAGCUAAACAUUACAGGGCGGUUAGAGGAGAAGGCCGACAUGGUGCUGAACCCUGUCAUUUCCAAGCUUGCUGGUAAACUGGUCGUGCUGGCAAGUGCUUCUCCAAGGAGACUGGAGAUCCUCCGCAAUGCAGGACUACGGUUCGAGGUGGUACCGUCCUGGUUCAAAGAAACUCUUGACAAGGGGCUUUUCAAAGCACCUUAUGAGUAUGCUGUUGAGACAGCCAAACAGAAAGCCCUGGAGGUGGCCAGGAGGAUGCCUUUUAAACACUUGAAGACUCCAGACAUGGUAAUCGGAGCUGACACAAUUGUGACUGUUGAUGGCAUGAUUCUGGAGAAGCCAGUGGACAAAAAUGAUGCCUACAGGAUGCUGUCAAAAUUGAGUGGCAAAGAGCACAGCGUCUUCACUGGUGUCGCUUUAGUCCUCUGCCAUGAGAAAGAAAAUGAAGAAGUGGACUACCAGUCAUUUGAAUUCUAUGAAGAAACAAAGGUUAAGUUUGCUGAUCUCUCAGAAAGUAUGCUAUGGGAGUACAUCAAUAGUGGUGAACCCAUGGAUAAGGCUGGUGGAUACGGUAUUCAGGCUCUCGGAGGCAUGCUGGUGGAAUACGUCCACGGAGACUUCCUCAACGUUGUCGGUUUCCCCCUUAACCACUUCUGCAAACAGCUGGACCGUAUUUACAACCACUGCACUUCCUCCUCAGACGAAGAAAGUUUGUCUGUCUGCCCGGGCCAAAACAGCAGUCACACUCCCACAAUACUCACCCAGCCCCCACCUAACUUGUCGACCCAGUCUAGCCACAGUCCCGCCUCUUCGGUCAAACACAACCUCUCCUCCGGCCCCGGACCAAACGGCCCGUCUGCCAGUCGAACACACCGUACCCAGAAAAGCCCCACAGCCAGUCCUGCCCAUAAGGUGAAAAGGAAUGGUGACAAAAGUGAAGAGAGUCAGAGUUCCCGGAUGUUGGUCAACAGCUUGUCGAAACAUACAGACACGAGAGAGGUCCAAGACUCUGAGAAUACAACAUUGCCAUUGACGACCAGCGGGGGGCAGGUGAUUGAGCUCAACCUGACCGAGCAAGAGGACAGCGAGCCGAAUAACGAGGACUUACAGCGAAUCAUUGAGCUGAUGGAUGGAUUCAAAGCCUCAAAGGCACUCUUUACCUCAUCCAAGAUGGGUGUGUUUGACCUGCUACAAACUCGCCCGGGGCUGGAUGCAGCACAGGUGGCCCAGGAGAUCAAAGCCUCUGUGAAGGGGACUGAAUGCCUGCUGGAAGCCUGUGUCUCUCUGGGACUGUUGAAGAGCAAAGGAAGAACAGGCCACAGCCCGGUGUACGAGAACACACAUCUGGCCACGCGUUUCCUUCUAUCAGAUGCUCCUCUCUCACUGCAAGGCUACAUCCGGCAUUGCAACGACACAGUGUGGCCUCUUUUCUCCCACCUGGAGAGUGCGGUGCAGGAUGGAAGCAACCAGCGCGAGAAGGCCUUUGGCAAGAAAUCUCAAGACGUGUUUCAGGAUACCUACUACAAUAGUAAAGAAGUCAAACUGAGAUUCAUGAAUGCCAUGCACAGUAUCGCUAAAGUCACAGGGAAAGCUGUAGCAACAGCCUUUGACCUCUCCAAAUUCAAAACUGCCUGCGAUCUUGGAGGAUGCACUGGUGCCAUGGCCUAUGAGUUUAUUAAAGCCCAUCCCAAGCUGUCUGUUACAGUGUUUGACUUGCCAGCUGUUGUUGAGAUGAGUGAACAUUUUCAUCCUCUGCGCACAGACAACAGGGUAUCAUUCGUAGCAGGAGACUUUUUUAAAGAUGAGUUGCCCAAAGCAGACUUGUACAUCCUGGCAAGAAUUCUGCAUGACUGGCCUGAUGAGAAAGUGCAUCUUCUGCUGAGUAAAAUCGCGGAUGCAUGCACAUCAGGCUGUGGGGUCCUGCUCAGUGAGAUCCUCCUGGACGAAGAGAGAAGGGGCCCGAGUCGUGGGCUGCUCCAGGCCCUUAGCAUGAGUGAGGGGAAACAGAGGAGCGCCACAGAAUACAGUCUGCUUUUGAAGAGCCAUGGUUUCGUAACGGCACAUGUCAGACAUACAGCCAACCUCCUGGAUGCUAUGCUCUGCAUCAAAGCAUGACUGACAACGGCCCCAACAAUGCUACACAGAAGGGUGUGCAGUGCUCAUAGCUGAGACCAUGUUGGAUGGACAGACACCCUACUCUGCUCUGCAGUCUCUGAACAUGCUUGCCCAGACUGACGGGACCGAGAGGACAGAGAGCCAGUACGCAGACUUGCUGAGCAAACAUGGAUU